AUGGGCAAGAAACGGCGCGGUCACCCCGACAUCGAGGAUGUCCUCCAUCGCCCUUGGUGUUACUAUUGUGAACGUGAUUUUGAAGAUUUGAAGCUUCUCAUUUCUCAUCAGAAGGCCAAGCAUUUCAAAUGCGACCGCUGUGGUCGCCGUCUCAACACUGCAGGAGGUCUCUCCGUGCACAUGAACCAAGUCCACAAAGAAAACCUGACACAGGUCGAGAAUGCGCUCCCGAACCGACAGGGCCUCGAGGUGGAGAUCUUUGGUAUGGAGGGUAUUCCCCAGGACAUGCUCGACCAGCACCGCAACCGCAUUCUUCAGAACUUCCAGCAGGCGCAGAAGGACCGACAGAUCGCGACCGGAAACCCGCUGCCUGGCCAGGGACAGGUGCACAAGAAGAUCAAGACUGAGUCGCCGGAUGAGCUGAAGCAGAGACUUGCCGAUUUCCGACAGCGCAAGAAGGAGAUUGCUGCCAAUGGAGGCGUGGAUCCUGCUGCUGCGGCCAACACCGAGACGCAAGCUCCCUUCAACCCCCCUCCUUUCCAACCGCAGCAAUCCUUCGAACAACAACAGGGCUAUCCCGCACAAGCACCUCUCAGCACAGCACCCUACAGCUUCCCACCCAGCAAUCUCCCCGCACGCCCAUCAUCCGGCAGCCUCCCCGCCGCCACGGGUCUUCCACAACGGCCGACACAAGGCGGUGCCUGGAACGGCGCGCAACCAGCUGCGGGCGACGACAUUGACCACCUGAUCCGCAUGGCGGAGGCGGGCAUCAAGCCGGCGACCAAGGCCGAGGGAGAAGACGUGGGCGACAAGAAGAAGAAGGAGAAGAAGGCGAGGAUGUUCUACGAUGACGCCGAGGUCAGCCCCGAGGAGAGGAUGGCUGCGCUGCCGAGGUAUGCGUUCGUCCCUGAGGUUGGGGCCUAG